ACGGUUCUACCAUAUCUAUAAAAAUUUAAAUACAAAAUGACUGGUCGUGGUAAAGGUGGCAAAGGAUUAGGAAAAGGUGGUGCUAAGCGUCACCGCAAAGUUCUUCGUGAUAACAUCCAAGGUAUUACGAAACCAGCUAUCAGACGUUUAGCUCGCCGAGGCGGAGUUAAGCGUAUUUCUGGUUUGAUUUAUGAAGAAACUCGGGGAGUAUUGAAAGUAUUUUUGGAAAAUGUGAUCCGUGAUGCUGUUACAUAUACAGAACAUGCCAAAAGGAAGACUGUUACAGCCAUGGAUGUCGUAUAUGCUUUAAAGAUACAAGGCCGUACCUUAUACGGUUUUGGAGGUUAAGCAAAUAAUCAAUUAUUGAUUUAAUAAUGCAAUAAUAUAUUGCCCAAUGGUCCUUUUCAGGACCCAA